AUGUGUUUUCUCCUUUUAGAUGAAUUGCAUUUGGGUUGUUACGAAGAACAAAAGAACAAAUCAAGUUUCUACCAGCCAGACCAAAAUGGAUUGUCUCUGUAUUGGUGCAUCGAAGUCUGCGGAUAUGAGAAGUUUCCGCUGGCUGCAGUGUUUAACGACACAAACUGCCAUUGCGCAGAUGAGAGCGUAACUCUCCUGAUCAAAAAUGAUUCUUGCAACUCAUCUGAAGAACGAAAAAUUUUCCAGAUGUACAACACCAGUUGUUUUAUGGUAGAGCUUGUAGAACUGUAUCAAGAACUGAUAUUUGAACAGUUUCCUUCAAAGAUAACACCAUUACUAUCCUCGAGCACAUCUUCCGUCACGCUUUCCAUACCAUCAAGCGUCACGACGUUAAAUUUGUCAGAUUCUAUCCAAGAUUCCGAGAAAUUUACACGGUUUUCUUCAAAGAUAACGCCAUCGCUGUUCUCUAGUAUAUCUUCCGUCACACUUUCCAUACCAUCAAGCGUCACGGAGUUAAAUUUGUCAGAUCCUAUCCAAUAUUCAGAGAAAUUUACACGGUUUUCUUCAAAGAUAACGCCAUCGCUGGUCUCAAGAAUAUCGUCCGUCACACUUUCCAUGCCAUCAAGCGUCACGACGUUAAAUUUGACAGAUCCCAUCCAAUAUUCCGAGAAAUUUACACAGUUUUCUUCAUUGAUGACGCCAUCACUAUUCUCUGGUAUAUCUUCCGUCACACUUUCCAUACCAUCAAGCGUCACGACGUUAAAUUUGUCAGAUCCCAUCCAAUAUUCCGAGAAAUUUACACAGUUUUCUUCAAAGAUGACGCCAUCACUAUCCUCUGGUAUAUCUUCCGUCACGCUUUCCAUACCAUCAAGCGUCACGACGUUAAAUUUGUCAGAUCCCAUCCAAUAUUCCGAGAAAUUUUCACAGUUUUCUUCAAAGAUGACGCCAUCACUAUCCUCUGGUAUAUCUUCCGUCACGCUUUCCAUGCCAUCAAGCGUCACGACGUUAAAUUUGUCAGAUCCCAUCCAAUAUUCCGAGAAAUUUACACAGUUUUCUUCAAAGAUGACGCCAUCACUAUCCUCUGGUAUAUCUUCCGUCACGCUUUCCAUACCAUCAAGCGUCACGUCGUUAAAUUUGUCAGAUCCCAUCCAAUAUUCAGAGAAAUUUACACGGUUUACUUCAAAGAUAACGCCAUCACUAUUCGCUAGUAAAUUUUCCGUCACGCUUUCCGUACCAUCAAGUGUCACAACGUUAAAUUUGUCAAAUCCCAUCCAAUAUUCAGAGAAAUCUACACGGUUUUCUUCAAUGAUGACGCCAUUACUAUUCUCCAGUGUAUCUUCCAUCACGCCUUCUACACCAUUGAGCGUGACACCGCCAGAUUCCAUCCUAUAUUCAGUGGAUUUUGGUGAUGGAACAGCUAACAGUUCCCAGCAGGGUGGGUUUAUGUUUACUCAUCGUUAUGCCACAACGGGUGUAUUCAACCUCACUUUAACUGCGUCCCGACAUAACUGGACGAUCUUUAAUUUAACCCGAAUGAUCCGAGUAAUAUCCCGUCUUCAGCUAACUGGUAUGGAAUGUCCCGACGCUGUAAGACCUUGGAGACGAAGCGGGUGUACUCUGGAUGGCUUCCGUGGUAGUGACGUCUUAGCGCUGGUAACAUUGAAAGGCAAUACGAGCCAAAACAUAACCAUUUCAGGUAUGUUGACGCUUUCCAUUUAUUUGUUACUCUGAACUGAAUCUCCACGCAUACGCUAGUUUCACUUUUAUUGGAACACUAUAGUUACUGGGAAGGACAGUAAUCUAUCUCUUAAAAGGAGUCUAAAACGUUGUCAGCAUAGACCAGUUCUUGCAUGCAUUACGAAGAGACCAGGAAUAUUACUAUCCGCCCCCUGCCUUGCCAGAGAGUGCUAUCCCAUCUUAUGGCUAACAACUAGAGAUGAUAAUGGGACAGUCAUUGCUUAGCCAACAAAUCACGGGAGGAAGACCUCCUGCCCUAAAAAUAACCUGAGAGAAAUUCUUAUGUCCCAGAAGCUAGACUAGGUGUGGCCCCUCCUUCUCAUCAUUCUCUCUUAGUAACGUGUAUGAUUUCAGCUCAGAGGCCGAGGCUUAGGCCUUGAUCCUACGGUCAGGGUGUUAUAGGUUCUUCCACCACCAAAUCGAAUUUAUUAAUUGUAGCUGGCGAUCGGCCUUCUGGGGGAUAGUGAUAUACUCCCCAGUAUAGUUGCUUGAAGCCGCUAAAACGAGGAUAUAAGCCCCGGCCAUGUAAAAUAGUUGGCAGCGACGUGCGCCUUACUCAUGCGAAGCGUCUAGUGGGCUGGCAGAAGGAAGGCUAUACUGACCAUUGUCGUCACCAUUCGUCACUACUUUUAAAGAAAGCCUGACAAAUCUUCAGCCACUUUACGAUUAGGAAAAAAAGUGAGCCCUAGAUUAAAUAAAAAUAAAAAUAAAGGAAACAAAUAACCCCAAAUUUCUUAAUCUGUGUAGAUGUGCCAAGAAUUACUUUGGAAACUGAGGAGGGACGUCCAGUUACGAACAAAACCGAUUUUAACGGUACUUUGCCUGGAACAUUUAUUCUGCCAUCGCUGGAGUUCUUAGCAGAAACUUCACUCGAAGCAUGGGAAUUACACGCCGAGGAUCCAGGCCCCAUUAAGCUACAGGUAAGGGAUUGAUUUCGUCGUUUAUUCAGGCGCCCUCUGGUGUACUCUACAAACCAGGGUCAGCCAGGAGGGGUAGUAGUACACCAUUGUACCUUUCGCGUCCCCAGAGCAUGUCAUUUCUUUUGGUCACGUGGUCAAACGGUAAUGGGUCGGUAAUUACAAAUUAGGCCAAGUUGCUCUGGGGACGAGAAUGCCAAUGUACACAAAAUAAUUUAGCCAAUAUACCAACGUGCUCCUAUAUUUUUUUCAAUGUAUCCGAACCUAAAGGAAACGUAAUAUACCUUAUUAUGCACGAAUUCACUUGUUUUCAAAAAAGAUACCGUAUUCCCAAUUCUAAGAAAAAGGUCCUGCACCUUAUUGUCCAAACCCAGGCUGAUCCUGACAAACAUCAGACACCUAAAAAAGCCUUAUUUUACUUGAAUAAUUAAAGAGUAGCGUAUGGAAGAUGAAAUUUCUUCCUAUCACAGAAAUAACUUCAAUCUACAGCAAUAAGAACUGAUCUGUCAAUGGCUAUCUUUUUUUUCUAUUUAGAUCAUUCGAACACUGUAACACAAGUUAACGAUGAACGAACGAAGGUCUUUUUUAUCUUCGUUUUGUAGGUUUACCGGGCAGAUUGGAACACAACAAACUGCACAUUGAGCUGUCACCCGCAACGUACCUGCGCUCCAUCCACUGGUCACUGUGGUCAAGUAUGCAUCCACGUUAAGUACUACCAGCGGCCGGUACCUAUCAGCUCAUGCGCACACAAAACCGGAAACUAUAUCAAAGUUUAUUCAAUGGAUGUCAACCUUACCGUGGGGUAUAACUUAAUAGUGGUACCGGAAGAAGAUAGAUUUAUUGCCCGAGCAGGGGACGUUGCGGGAUUCAGGCGAAACACAUCCGGUGCUGCGCUUCAAAGAACUACCGCUGAACAGACUUCAGGAGCAUACUAUUCACCAGUUCACAAUGCUUCUGGCGUAGGUGCACAUCUUGAAAGUAUGGUGCAUCUUAACAUCUCUUUUAGAAUGAAGUUGCAUGGCUCGGUCAGAGUUCACGCCAAACUGACUGUUUCCUGUUUCUCAGCGGUUGGCAUAUAUCCUCUAUUGGUGACAUUUGUGAGCGCUAUUCCCAUGGGAAACAACACCAAAGCAAUCGCGUUUCAAUCCACCAUUGUAGUGCAGACCGCAAUGACCAAAAUACUAGUUAACCACUCAAAGUUCGUUGUAGUGAACACAACCAGAAAUAUGACAGCGAAUGUUUUGUCAGGCACAAAUGUUACUUGCGAAUGGAACAUUCCUAAUGCAAGUUUCUUGGAACAGCAAUCUCGUCAUUUAGCAGAAGAUAACACAACGGAGGGUGCAUUUUGCCACUUCCAGUUUCAUUUUUCACAUGUUGGCUACUUUCCUGUUACCCUGAGAGCGUUUAACCUUGUCUCGAAUGAAAUAAGAAUCCUUCACGUACUCGUGCGCGAGAUUAUCCGAGGACUUAAGGUUGAGAUGUGCUACAGCUCUUUUGCUUUUGACAACGCGCGCACGUGCUACAACUCAAGCGUGGAAACUGGUACCGACGUAGGAUGCUCGUGGUAUUUCAAUCCUCCUAGAGACUAUAUUGAAAAGGCCAUUGGGAAGAUAAUCUUUCGAAGACUAACUCCAGUUGGAAACAGAAGCUUCACACUGUAUUGCUACAAUAAAGUUCCACAACUACAUUCUACAAAGUCUGUCAGUGUUACAGUCAAGGUUGUCGAAAAUCCACUAUCUAUCGAAGCUCCACAAAUUGUUUCAACUGACGCACUGGUUAAAAUUACCUGCCAAAUAAAGUGGCCUGGAUCGUCGCCUGCCUCGUUUUUUGCAAAGCACGGUUUGACAGGAAAGAAGGGAACUGACAUAGUGGCGGCCCCGAAUUUGACCUUACAAGUAUAUUCAGUCAAAAACACGAGUGUACGCUAUGUGGUUUUAUACAAACGCUUCAGGAUGAGACAAAUGCACACUGUAAAGUGUAUUGCAAAAAAUCAUCCGGAUUUAAACACGUUUCACCAGAUAAAUGCAAUCCAUUCUAUUACAGGAAUCGACGUUAUUUCUUCAUGCAACUCAAGCAUAGAGAUUGGUACCGGAUGCCGUUUUGAAGCUCAAAUGUCUCGCGGGGACUCGCCAAAAUACGGUUGGACUGUUGCUGAAGGAAACGCUCGUGUCUAUGAGUACAGCGGUCGAACGAUUAACCAUCAGUUUAGAAGCGUAGGUUGUGCAAACAUUACUGUUAAUAUUAGCAAUGAUAUAUCGUUUAAUUCCAAAGCGAUUUCAUUUGUCGUUUAUUCACCCUCCUCUUAUGCAUCAUCCGUGGGAACAUCUCAGCCACUCACUUCUAUUACGCCUUCGAACGCAUUUCCAAGUUCAGUUGUGGUAACACCAAUCCAUUCAUCCAGAUUCGCCAGUCAGAUCAGUUCUACGAGCCAAAAAAGUUUCUCCAGGUAUCCGUUCCCCGCUACAACAGCUAGCGUUUCAUUUUCCAUCCCAUCCUUGCAAAAUGUGAAACUUCAUCAUGCCUCCAGCGGACUUGUUGGACAAGCGAUCAAUUUUUCUGUUAGCAACGUGGAGAUGGCACACUCGUUGCGUUUUUCAUGGAACUGGGACGAUCAAUCGUCGACUGAGGAAGGAGGUGCAGUCAUGACGCACAGGUUUAUUACACCGGGUCAAUAUUUUGUUUGCGUGAACAUUUCUUCUGGAAUUGAUCGUGUUGUGCUGUGCGGUCACGUGACCGUUCAGCAUCCUAUCAAAGGCUUACAGAUCAGAAACAUAGCUGUUGGCUCGGAAAAGACAUUAAUCCUGGAGUUCGAAAUUUUACAAGGGACAAAUGUGACUUAUUCGGUGGAUUAUGGUGACAAUUCCGGUAAGUAAAGAAUGACAAACAAACGCCUGCUAUGGCUGCGGUCGCUACACUAAUGCUGCGACAAAUUUUAAAAUUUCUUUUCCUUUUGAUGGCUCAGAACGUUUGAGCUUCAUUUUCAGUAAGUCAGUAAGAAAACAUGCCAAACAGAGAUACGAGCGGAGAAGCCACGAGACACAAGAAGCAAGGGUAGUAGCCCAGGUAGAAAAUAUAAAUGUCUCUUUUUUUGCUCUAACAGUCUCGCUUUGCCAUUUUCUAUUCUCGCGCGUUUCGUUCCGCGUUCUCUUCUUGUGGCACGGUGUGGACCAAAAAACAAACUGAUAAUUCUAUUGAAUCGGGCUCAUUUUUUUGUUUGCUAAAUGUAAUCAAAGGAUCAUUUACGCAAUCAUUUAGGCCUUUUGCCAAUCCAUGUAGCUUCUGCGUAUCAAAGCUGACAUUUGUGUUGGAGGUGUCGUCGAUUUUAACAAUAUCUCAGUAUUAGCUCAGUCGGUAGAGCGCUUGACUGCAGAGAGGGACGUCACGGGUUUGAUUCUCGGGGCCGGACCAAUACUCAGGGUCUUAAAAAUGCUGAGAAAUGAAGGCGCUUCAUUUGCCUUGUAAGCGGCUACAUCUUCGCGGCGUGGCUCGGAUGACCACGUAAAAUGGCGGUUCCUUCUCAAGUAGGACACGUAAAAAUUAGUGUCCCAAUUGGUACUUUCGUGCUAAAUACAUUGAUACUUAAAUAAAGUGCAUUUCAAUUUCUUUCAGCAGUACAAGAGGGAUUUUUGUCGUCGUUACCCAGAGUAAUAAGAGUGAGGCAUCAGUACGGCGAGCCCGGUACAUACACCUUGUCCAUAUCAGCCAAAAGUAUGGUCAGUCCCAAUACCUUUGUGCCUUCUAGGACCUUUAACAUCAUGAACACUCCUUGCGUCGUAAACGAGCUACGCAUGCUCGCAGUUGGAGAGAAUAGCAGCGAUUGUCCUGAAGUACCACAAGAGUACGAGUACUCAAUUUAUUCCUCGCUGCAAAUAAACUGUAGUGGUGUUGAAGAAAUUAAGUAUGAAUGGAAGGUUCAGCAACUGCUAAAUGACUCCACUACUGCUUCUGUUCCAUUCCACAACCAACCUCUUUCCUCCGAUGUUCUGUUUCUCCCCGCAAAAUCCCUGAGAGGAGGUCUGUAUAAAUUUACUCUCAUGGUCAUAGCAAUGCCUAUUGGGAUAUCAAAAACUGCAACUGGAUUUCUGCGGGUGCGUUUGCCAAAGCUGCUGGCCAGUAUAGACUGUGGGAGCGAGAGAGUAAUGUCUUGGGAUAAAGAAGUUGUUCUCAACGGGUCUGCAUCACAUGAUCCAAACGAAAACGACGACAGCAAAGCUAACUCAUCUCUCAUCUUUGAAUGGUUUUGUUAUUCAAGUGGAAACAUUUCUUGUUUUAAAAGACCAAUUGAUAACAAGCAGCCCGUGUUGAUUUUUUCUCCAAAUAGACUUGAUUUCAAUAAAACUUAUCACUUCGUUUUAUCAGUAACAAAAGGAUCAAGACGAGCUACGACAGUGCAGACUAUUAAGUUUUUGGCUGGAAGCUUUCCACCUCUUUGUGUCAGGUUAGUGCCAUUACAGGAACGGGGGAACAUUUUUCCGGUUGGUGGGCUGCCUAGUGACCUGAAGUGGAGCGGGCGGGGGGAGGCUGAGGACACUUCCCUCUUAGUAAGUCUCAUUACUUUCGGUGGAGGUGGGCUCCCAGCUCCCCCCGGUUCCCACCAUCCCUGCAUUAAUAAACGUUUUAAAACUAUUAUUUAGGCCUUUAGUUAAACUGAAAAGAACAUCAAAUGAAAAAAGAAACUCUUUUAAUAACUUUCCUCUAACACAGGUGCAAGGAAAAUUGCGCCUACAAGUUGAGGACUUCUGAAGAAUUGGUUCUUACCAGUGAAGGUUGUUAUGACAACAAAACCCAGGACACAAAAACGUGCAAAUGGGAACUGCAUGGACCUCGACCAUCAUCGAACGGAAUCUCCAGACGGUCCGUGGACUCAGAAGUAAUCAGCAUUUCGUAUUCAAACCAGUUUAAGUUGGAUCCAAGCGACCUUAUUCCAAACCAAACGUACACGAUCGUUUUCAACAAUCUGAACAGCGGAUUUUCGGCCCAGUACUCGUUAACUACCGACGCGCCUCCGACCGGUGGAUCGUGCAGCGUAUCACCUUCGGAAGGCGUCGCAAUUGAAACGCAGUUCCGAAUUAGCUGCCAAGGAUGGACAGACGAAGACAGCCCUCUAUGGUACGAAUAUUUCUUUAAGCAUCCCACAUACGGAUCCAUGCUGCUCUUCUAUGGUUGGAUGCCCUUCACAAAUGACUUGUUUCUUCCACCUGGAUUGGAAAAACACAACUUCAACUUGGAGUUAUUCGUGAAAAUAACGGAUGUUCUAGGAUCGUAUGCGGUAUUUUCCCUUCAAGCUAAGGUAAUUAGAUUGUAUCGCCUUGUUCUGUAGUCUCAAGUGUCUACACAGCACAAUUUCGACAUCAAAAUUUGUGUCUUAUGUCAUUCACAUAUUGUCAGAUCAGAAAACUGUUAAAGUUCAGGUUUAGGCAUUAUGAACCUUUUGAUCUGAGAACAAUCACGAUUACAAACAAAUAGGCUCUAGGUUUCAGUAAUAUUCCUAGCUUUUGAUACGCAGUAACAAUUUCUAGCAAUUGUUCAAGUUUCGAACAUCUAUUGCACAACUCAGUAAAAAAUCACUGCGAAUAACGUUGAGCCCUUCUUUUUAGUUCAGUUUCUCAAUGUCCUAUACAUGGCUAUCAAAUGUGCCAAGCUCUGGGAAAAUAUGGGUAGUAAAUCCUUUCCAAGGAAAUUACCUUAAUGACGACAGCUGAACAAAGCAAGUAUCUCUGAGAAUAUUUCUAAUUUGUUAUGUUCACUGCUUUGUUGCAGGUCAGAAGUUUUAACUCUGAUGCAGGGUCUGUUAGUUCCAAUUUGAGAAAAAUAGUCAGCGGUCCUCAUUCCAAGCUAGAAAAACUUCUAGCCACGAGAGAAUUUCGUCAAGCAACCCAAUUAAUGUCGACAGUUGUAACUAUGCUAAAUCGAGAGUCUAUUCAUGCCACUGAUUCCCUGGAUACCGAAAAUCGUGUGGAGGUUUGUACUAUAUAGAGGAGAAUUUCGAGAGAAUUUCGUCAAGCAACCCAAUUAAUGUCGACAGUUGUAACUAUGCUAAAUCGAGAGUCUAUUCAUGCCACUGAUUCCCUGGAUACCGAAAAUCGUGUGGAGGUUUGUACUAUAUAGAAGAGAAGUGUGACGUCACGUUACCAUGGUAGCAAAAUUUCUGGAUCUCAACGAACGUUCUUGACAGAGACGGCAAGGAAGAAAAGUAUAGGCAACCGUUUUCUUCCUGAAUGCAAUCAUGCAGAGGAAAGUUAUACUGGUCGAUUUUUUUUUCUGCCAUAUUUGCAGGACCACGGUUUGUUGAGUUUCGAAAAUUUUGCUACCGAGGCAACUUGACGUAAUGACUCUUCUCUAUUGACCAAAAUUUCACACGACGUCAUUCUGAUCUAGAAAGGUCACGUAGCCAAUGGGAACUCACUCUACAUGAUCGUAACUAUAUCUUGAAUAAACGAAUUAUUCCGUAGCGUCCUUUUGAAACCAUGAAGACACCAUGCCCAUACCUUCGGAUGAGCAUUUUUAUAUUUGAUCUUUUACCCCUCCACUCCUAGAGCGAAUGAUGAAUUCUUAACUCAUUUGUCUAUUGCAUAUUCUGUUAUCUUAGUAGUACAGUGUGCAUGUUUUGGGCCCCCUUUUAGGUAGGAAUCUUAUGAACGAAGGCAUGAAUAUAUUUAACGUCGAUGACUUAAUAGGCUUCCGAAUAAAACGUAUGCCACUAAAUAUCACUGAAUUCUAAAAUACCUUACUAUGCAAGUUUUAUUUUGCCGCACUACUUGAUCAUGGUUCCGGUUCAUUGAUUCUCAGUAGUAAAACCUAAAAGAAUACUAUCCACAAGAGAAUUUUCUAAUUUCUCACUCACCAAUGUCCUCCUCUUCCGUUUCCUCCGAAAAUGCCUUUGUUUUUUUCCUUCUGCUCCCUACACACGCGUCUUAUACUGCUUACGUUGCAUUGUAGGUCCGGAGCAGAGUAAUCCAGUGGCUAUCUAGCAUAAGUUCUAGCAGCCCCCACGGUAUUAGGCAAGCUUUAGAAGGACUUUUACCGGGCAUCAGUGUAUCCAAGGAACUCUCACCCGACUCGAUGGUAAGUAACUUGCAACCUUCGAGGGCUCAUGGAUCUCAAUUUUGCACGAGAGAGUCUCGUCGUGGGCCAUAUCUCUGUAGCAUCGCAGCCUAUGACAAAAUUAUGUACAGCCCAUUGAACACAAUCAUAUAAAUUUAACCUUUGAUUGGAUUCCGCGCAUUGGAAUACCUAAUCUCACCUUAAAGAGAGGACUUCACUGAUGCCCUUUUUUUAUUAUAUUGCUGAAUGCGGGAAUGGGCAAGAUGAAGCGAAUCCUACGUGAUUGGUUACUCGAGCAGGCAAGAUGGACCCAUCUUGCGCGCCCGGUAUUUCUCGCGUUAAUCGCGCAAGAAAAAGUUCUCUCUUUUGGCCAUAUGAUCAAUCCCUUACUGACCAAGCCUGUUGGGUCAAGAUGGCUGGAUAUUGACCUUGUUCUUUUUUGAAUGAUAACUCAGAUAAGAACUUAGCCAAUAUCUAGCCACCUUUACCGCACGUUUGGUCAAUAACACAUAUGUAUCCAUAAUACCUUAGGCAUGCGUGUCGGCCCUACAUCGAUAUGCAUAUACGCAGUUCAUGCGAGAACGAUUUUGUCCUUCGAUCACUGCCCCCGCCUCGGUUCUGUUCAGAUACUUACCGAGAAAAAGAGAGGUUCCAGCUGGAAGAACUGAACUAGACAUCAUGAAGGGAUGUCUUUACAACUGCGGUGCGGAGGACGAAUACGAGAUAACAUUUCUUAUCGAAGAGUGUUCACUUCAUAUGAUUUAUUUUGUCCACAGGUAGACGGAGCAAACGCUCUCACAAACAUGGCAAAAGCUCUGGCUACAACGUUUAAAAGCGUGCGGGCAGACAACAUCACUAAGAACAUUCUGACUGGGCUAAACUUUGUACUGGAUGCUGCAGUAGCUACAAGCAGUGAAAUUAAACGCGAACAAGGUUCAAGUGAAAUCAGGGACUGGAUCGAUGAUAGUAACGAGGCGAGAAACAAAGAUCAUCAGGAAAAGGUGACCAUUUGGAGCAUUUCUAGGAGGCCAGUAUGGUCUGAUACACUAGCAAUUCUAAAACGUCGCUGCUAAUACAAGAUCAUACGUACACACAAGCGAUCCCGCUCUCUCGACGACAUGGAGCACAAGCUUGCGCGCUAACAAAAUCCUGGAUGUUGCCACAAAUAUACUACAUUUUUAAUGGCAACCUUAAUGCAACAAUUAUUUCUUGGGACAUUUUCCUUGUAAUUCACUAAAACCCCGUGCAAACGGACGCAAAAUUGUUGCCAAAAACUCCCAGCAUUCUUGGAUGUGGCAUGUUGCGUCCGUUUGCACACCUUGUUGCAUGUUGUUGCGUGUCGUUGGGGGUUGUUGCACAAAGUGUGAAACCGGUCAAACUUUUGAGCCAAAAGCUCCCAACAUUUCUUUUGUUCCGUGAUCGCCAAAGCAUAGCGUAACAACGGUGGAUCCGUUUGCACAGCUCUUCCAACAUUGUUGGGGCCACGCACACGAAUUACACAUGGUCUACAAAGUCUUAUGGGUUGUACCCUCCCUACGAUUCACUGCAGGUCCCACCUACGAUUCACAGCAGGUCCCAACAUUGAUGGGAGUUGUCGCAUCCGUUUGCACACCACUGCCAACACGGAUGCAGUUGAUUUUCCAACCGCAAUCUUAGGUUUCUCAUGUAAAUGUUACCUACAUUGGUCAGAUUGGAGAGAUGGACGCUCUGCUUGUUUACCAUUUACAUGUGCAAACUAGUGAAUUCAUGGCAUAGCGGAAUCGUUUUUACCAUUUGCACAAAUCAGUCCCUUUUACCAAAAAACGGCUGCGAAAGUCUGAAACUCGUAUCACCAGUUUCAGCCUUUAACUAAUAUUACUAGUUUCAUAAAAAAGAACGCGAAUUUCGUUGGGAAUAUUCCGUCCAGAAAUACAAGAAUACCGUUUCAGAUGUUCCGUUGUUCCCGGAAAUUUUACACUGGAAUGACACGAAAAGCUGUGUUCCAUUUACUUUUCCUUCCGGAAGCUUUUGUUAAUCGCAAACAACCUUUGUGUCUUGAUUUUCAUUAAUAUUUAGUGUGAAAGAGCAACCAACAAAUCCCUGGAAGGCAUCAACUAUUCAGCUCAGAAACUCUUGGAGUAUCAGCGAAAAGGAGACCCUCCACUUCACGAGAAAUCAGGCCUUAUGAAGUUAACAGUUACAAGCCAGUCCCCCAGUAACAUUAGCGCCGCGGCCUUAGAUGGAGGAAAGGUUACCUUUCGAUUACCAACAGAAGUGACAAAAAAUAAACUUGAUUGGUUAGACGCAGUGAAUACAAAGGUUGGUUUGUAUAUAUUCAGUAAGUUUUAAACAUGAUAAUACCAUUAUUUUAUGACGCAGACACGGAUGCAGUUUUCGGCAACCGACCUGAAAAAUUUUACUCAUCGCACCACAGGAGAAACAAGUAUUGAGAAGCCUUGCACAUACACGCGAAAAACAGCAGUUGACGAUUUAGUAUUUUUAUAUAACUCGACUUUACACUUAGGAACGUGAGAAAAGACUUGUCAUAACCAAAGGGGGACAAAUUUGGCCAAGUCUCUAAGCCUUAGCCUGAGAAAACAGCCGACAUUACGCGACGCAACCUACGGUUUCCUUCGCAAAAUGGCCUCCAAGGAACGAGCACAGAAAUUGCAUGCUAAUGGCGUUUAACUUCCCAGAGCCGGGUAGUUCUUCUGAUUGGUUGAAGUAAAUUUCCCUCGCGACUCGCCCACCAGAAGCACCAGCCAGACUUGGGCAGUUAUACGUCAUCAGCAUGGAAUUUGUGCGCUCGUUUCUCAGACGUCAUUUCGCGGGGAAAAUAGUGGCGGCGUCACGAAAUAUCGGCUGUUUUCCCAUUUCUCAGGUUUGGCAAGGCUUGGAUUACACACCCUUGCCCUUCUUUAUCUCCCACUCAAGCCUCGGAAUAUCUGAAGAAUCUUAAAAGUAACCUAACCUUCUCUUAAUCCUAGGUUGUAACUAUGUCCCAGUCUCCGUUUGUAGCAAACGACGUGAUACCCGUGACAUCACCUGUCUCAACGCUCGAGCUCUUGGACGUUUCUGGGAAGGAAAUACAAAUCCGGAACCUUACUGAACCAGUCUCGAUAUUUCUAUCAUUGAACGAAUCAGAAAAUAGGAAUCCAGAUAAUAUAAGAGGGAUUGUUCGUCCCAAUGAGAAUAUGACGUUCUUCAAAAUUACACUUGACAAAGAGUUCUCCCUCUAUUUACAAUUUCGUUGCUCUGGGAUGAUGGAUGCUGGAGAAGAGAUGACAGUAAUGGGAAAGAAAAACGCAACGCCAAGCAACAAAAAUUUUGAUGUGUUGUGGCCUAUCCGUUCAUGUAACACAACUGUAGAGAAACUUUUAUCUGGCAGUUAUUUGAAUACUGCAGGAGAAUUUUAUCUCGGUGUGAAAUUAUCGGAUGCAGGUAACGUAACUAAUGGGACAGAGAUGACAAGUAAAAUAGAGUUCAACAUAUCAGUGAGGUCUGUUGGUUGUUAUUACUGGAAUGAAUCCAUGCAAGCAUGGACAGCAAACGGUUGCAAGGUACGAAAGACAUACUAGUAACAUGACAAGUGACUCAAAGUUGGGGGAGAUUAGGCGUCAGCUUUUGGCGCUGAUAAGUCUGAUAUUGUUUAGCCUGCCAUGAUGAGUUUUGAAUGAAUUUAGAUUUGUACCAUCGACUAAUUACAAUGGAUCCUAAAAGUUUCUCGAGAUUUUGGAGAGAUGUUGGUGAGCCUCAAUAAACGGGAACGAAAGUUAAUUCGUUUUUAGGAGGGAUUAGCAUGAUCCAUUAGCACUUGUGCAUACAUGAAACCUUUAAGCAAACUGAUCCUCAAAUUUUCUUAGCCUGCAAAUACAGCCGCCUCUCAUCGCCCUGGGGACGAGGUUGAUCGAGGUUGAUCGCUCCCCGAUGCUGGGGCACGUUUCGCGAAUCUCCCAUCAACAGGGAGCAGUAAACCUCUUCCCUAGCGCGAUGAGAAGCGACUGUAUUCGCAGGCUAAACUUAAAAAUCUGCAAGAGAAAUGACAUCUUAGCACGCAUAUAUUGUAUUUUGUAAUGAGGUACCUGAAUGAACCGGUUUCAUGAUUAUUUCUACAUGACCAGGUUGGUCCAUCGACCACAUUAAAGCGCAUUCAGUGUCAGUGUAACCACUUGACCUGGUUUGGCAGUCGCUUGUUUGUGCCUCCCAAUGAAUUGCACCUGGAUAUCAUAGCUGUCAAGAUAAAAGACCCGUCAAAUUUCGCCUUAGUCCUGGCAGUGCUCUGUACUACAUGUGGCCUGUACGUAAUUGCCAUUGUCUGGGCUCGACGUCAGGAUCGAAAAGACGUGCAAAAGGUAAUUCGUCAGGAUAUCUAAUCGAUGGGGGUGGGGAGGGGGGGGAGGUGGGAGGUGGGCAGGAGUUUAGGGCCUCCCGAACCUCCAUUAGCAUUUUUCUUCAGCUCCUGUGUGUCAUGCCCCUCUUCCCCUUCCCCGACCACCACCACCACCCAUAGAGUGCAGUACUUGUUUUUACGGCUCUGUGAAUUGUGUACAUCGACAAACCAUUUUAGUACCCAUAGGGAAAACUGACUGAGGGAGUGAACGGGAAACUGUUAUUAUUGUCACCAGAAACUUGGGAACCAGUGUGUUAGCAAGAGAGGCCAUUUGAGCAUUUUUCAGUUCACUUUGAAAACAAUGGACUGCUCGUAUGGUACAAAAGAUAAAAUAGUUGAUUUAAUUGUAGCAGAGGUACACCAUGCUUGAAUCUGUAUUAGAUACAGCAGUAAUACCAUUUCGAUUUACAACUGAAAAAAAGAGAUUACAACCCAAACUGUAAAUGCAAAACGUUAUGUUAGAAACUUAAUCUGAUCGCUUAACGCGUGCAGUCUUCUUGACAAAACAGCACAAUCAGUCACCUCUAGAUAACUUUAUUUCUUAAAUAUUAGAGACGAUCUCAAAAAAGAUGGGCGGUACGAAAUCUCGGUUGGAAAACUGAAUGGUGCUUAACUUAAAGUUUACACCAGUGUCUUUCCAAUACCUGGAACAAAAAUAACUCCAUUAGCAUUUUAUUAUCCAUAGAAUUGACCACUUAUUUUUUCAGUGAAGGAUUGGCGGCUAGGCGAAUUUUGCAAUAUAUAUUUUUCUUUUUCCUUAUUCAGAUAGGAACGACCGUGAGUCCAAGUAACCGACCAGAAGAUACGCACGCUUAUGAGGUCAUCAUCAGUACUGGUAUGCGCAGACAUGCUGGAACAUCUGCUAAUGUUUCUAUGCUAAUGACAGGAGAACGCGGUGAGAGUCACGCGUUUCUCCUCAAAAACAGCCAAUGUAUGACUCUUGCUCGGAGCAGCGUCAAUUCCUUUCUCGUGACAACUUCGGAAACUCUCGGCGAGCUCUCGUACAUCCGAUUGUGGCACGAUAACUUCGGAGGUGACCCAUCUUGGUACGUGAAACAGAUAUCUAUUCGUGAGAUUUCUAGCGAUAGAGUCUGGCACUUCUUAUGCGAACACUGGCUUGCUGUUGACGAAGGCGAUGGCUUAAUAGACAGGAUAUUUCCAGUAGCAAGCGACGAGGAGAUGAAAGAAUUUCGACGCAUGUUUGUGACAAAAGCAUACAAGGACCUAACGGACUCCCAUCUUUGGUUCUCGGUAGUCUGCAGGCCUCCACAGUCUCCUUUUACAAGGGUGCAGCGCGUGUCUUGCUGUUUCUCUCUUCUUUUGUGCACCAUGAUGGCUAACGCCAUGUGGUAUGAAGCUGACAAAGGUCGUUAUACAGCAGUUAAAGUAGGAACGUUAGAAUUUUCUUGGGAGCAAGUCUCCAUUGGCAUUUGCAGCAGUCUGAUUGUUUUUCCCAUUAAUCUUAUUCUCGUACAAGUUUUCAGACACUGUAGUCCGCGACCACCGCAAAAAAACUGUCGCAAACAAAGAGAACACAAAUCGUCCACCGCCACCGAGAUAAGUAUGGUUAAAUUUGAAUCUGGGCAAAGUUCUAUACAUGGUCACUACUGCCCAGCUGGUGUUUACCGAAAAUUGAAUAUUGUGUCUCCCAGUGAAUCUAUAGAAUCACUUUCUGGAAAACAGAAAUUCAAUCAGACGUCUGCCAUGCGCUCAAUUCAUUUUCAGCCCCUUUUCGUCUCUUUAGGAGCCGGCCCCAUGAAUGAUUCAACCAAUGAUGUUACAUCCUUACUUUUACGGGAAAACGUCUCGGGGAAAUGUUCACCCGUAGAGGCCCCUGAGAGAUCAAAUACUAUGCAGGAUAAACAGUUUUCAAAUGGACGGAGACUACCUUGGUGGUUUGUAUAUGUUGGUUGGGCGUUGGUGACCAUAACAUCGUUGACGGCUGCGUCUGUUACUCUUCUGUACGGUAUCCAGUUUGGACUAACAAAAUCUGCACAGUGGCUGUUAUCCAUGUUCUUUUCAGUCACUCAAGACAUUUUUGUGAGUCAGCCACUCAAGGUGGUCGCCCUUGCGAUCUUUUUCGCAUAUAUUUUCAAGAAGCCAAACAUAGUCAUGUUUUCGACGUCAUCAUUUCACAGAUCGGAUGACCAAUGGCUGCCGGAAAAACUGGAAGAGGAGCAUACAGUUGUCCCUCCCGCAAAAGUGCCAUCAGAGGACACUCUCCGGAGGGCCCGGGACAGGGCUGCAAAAGAGCGCGCCAUGCACGUUAUCGUGCUUGAUUUAGGGACCUACCUUGUUUUCACUUUACUCGUUCUUCUCAUCGCUUAUGGCUUCCGUGAUCAGGAUGCCUUUCAUCAAAAUGAUGCAGUUGCCAAGGUUAUAGUGGAUCAAAGCUACAUUGAAAAGCCUGAUGAAUUCAAGAGGAGGACAUUUUCUCAGGUAACCUUCUACAUAUAAUUCGACAAAGGGUACUCUUUCCAACCCCAUUGAGAGGGGGUCGAUGGCAGAUGAAAAAAAUGCCCCAAACAGAGCUCUAGAUAAGGCCAAAAAGAAGAUAUUGUAAAAUAAAGCGGUACUUUACCAUUUUACACCUCCUUUAUUGAAACUCACAAGAACCUUAUUUUGAGGAUCACAAGAAAUCCCAAAGAUAAUUUUGAGAUUAGACAAAGUGCUUUUACACUGAGGAAAAGGUGCUUUCUUGAAAUCCAAGACAGUCUCGGAGUCUGGAUUCCACGCCGUGGAUUCCGGAUUCCACGUAGUGAAUUCCGGUCUUUUCCAGUGGAACUUGGAUUCGAUUGGAUUCUAGAUUCCAAUCGUGUGUGGGAUUCCGGAUUCUUUGAGCUGUAUUCCGGAUUGCAAAGCCAACGAUUCCGGAUUCCGCAAGCAAAAUUUUCCUGGAUGACGGGAACCCUAACAUGGGGUGAAUUAUCUUUGGGUGAAGUUCUCCGGUUACUGCCUUUUGAGCCUUAUUUCCCGAUCAUAUUCCCAUUCAGAGUCUCUAAAAGAAAACGGUUGAUCUCUCAUUGUACCUCUUCACUACAAGCUAAAACAAACUUUCAAAUACAGGCUAAAUGCCAUGUCAUUCAUACUUCACUCAAUUUAGCGCCUCUUUCCUCCUCUUACACAGUUAAGCCGCCAGAGAGACGUAUGGAACUGGACUGAGAACAUUCUGUUACCCACCCUGUACAAUCUGCCCUCCUACAUCUACACAAAAAAAGCGCCCAAGUUCAUAGAGGGUGAGAGCGGUCUGGUAGUGGGCGUGGCUCGAUUUCGACAACACAGGGUAAAGAAGGGUAAGGAGGACACACUAUGAAUACGUAACAUGAUCUAACAUGACCUUGGCUCUGGAGAGUGCUUAGUGGAAGGUGGAACGAGAAAAUGUUUUGUGACUUUUUUAACUCCUCCUAAUCCUACCGUGAAAAUUUGGUAAGAAGCGGUCUGUCACUUCCGUGUCUGGUCAACUUCGUCCCCAGGGCGCUUUUCCCUGGCUUUAGAGGUGGGGCCCCACAUCCAAAGCCAGGCAAAAGGGCCUUGGGGACGAGGCUGGUGUCCGGUACACCAAAAUAUGUUACUCUUUCUCUGCUUUCACUCGCAAAAUAUUUUUCAAUACUUGUAUAUCCCGGCGGGCAUGAACUUUACUCUCCGUAUGUCUCAGACCUCAUUUGUUCUUUGACAGUUUGUAUUAGCCAGGUUAAAUACAAUUCACUCUGUUUGUUUCAGAUUCUUGCUCAGUGAUAUCCCAAGUAAGAGACAUGUUUUCACGAUGCGCUGACGACUACCAUAUGACGUCAGAAGACGACCAAGCUUACACAGCGGGCUGGGAGACAUUGUUCAAUACCACUGAGCUUCUUAAACAGACGUCAUCACCAGACCCCUGGCGUUACAGUACCUCGAGUGACCUUAACGGCUACCCUUACUCAAUGGGAAUAGAAACAUACUCCGGAGGUGGAUAUGUGAUAGAGUUGUCCCACAUUUACUACAAAGCGGUGCGGCAAAUGAAAGAGGCAAAAUCAAGACUGUGGCUUGACCACUACACUCGUAGCGUUUUCGCAGAGUUCACUUUGUUCAAUCCGAACAGCAAUCUCUUCUCUGCAGCUACAUUUCUAAUGGAGAGACUUCCAACGGGCGGCGUAUUUCCCAGCGCGGAAGUUCUCUCGUAUCGGCUCUACCGCUAUGUUGGUGAUUUCCAAUUAUUCAUCCUCGCCUGUGAGCUUUUCUUCUUCGUUUUUGUUCUUUACUUCACAUACCGUGAAACGAAGAAGAUUUACAAAACCCGACGAUUUUACUUUGCAGAGGUUUGGAACCUUAUGGACUUGACUGUUCUUAUUCUGUGCUGGAUCGCAAUAGCUUAUUACUUCAUUUGUCUUGGAUUAAGGAAAUGGACUCUAAACCUUUAUCACGAAAACCCUACCAAAUUUAUUAGUUUUCAGUACAUCUCAGCCUGGCAGCUCAUGUUCGAGGGCGUG